UAGCGUUCGGCAGUGGCCAGUUCACACCCGACGGACCUAAUUCAUGCCAGCAGUGGCCAGGUGCACACAGCACCCUCGGCCGUGGCCAGGGCAGGCCCGGCAAUGGCCGUGCCCGCACAAGUCCAGCCAGCAACCGCGCCCAAAGCCGUAGCAAGGCCGCGGGACGAGUCAACAGCCAACCGACCGGUCCGAGCAGGCCGGCGGUUCGACCAGACCGAUUCAGACCUGGUUUAGACCGCAUGCGUCCCGGCGAGAAAGAAGGUUGUACUUGGGACCGAUUCAAGGAGAUGAUCCAGGAGAAGUACUAUCCCACGUACUACCGAGCUGAGAUGGAGCGGCAGUUCCUGUCGCUCAAACAGGGUACUCGUACUGUUAAUGAGUACGAGAGAGAUUUCACCAGAUUGGGAGCUUUUGUUCCAGAUUUGGUGCGUACUGAGGCACAUCGAGCACAGUGUUUUACUGACGGGCUUUUCCCAGCAGUCCGUCACAAUAUUGUAGGUCACGGAGUCAAGACCUACGCUCGUACGGUUUCCAUUGCCCAAGAGUUGGAUGCCAGCAUUCAGAGGGAGGCUAACCGUGAUCGUAUUCAGCCAGUUGCCCCAGGACAGUCAUCUACAGCUCCGCCAGUUCCACCGACUGCUGCCCAGCCACUAAAAGUCAGAAGAGGAAAGGGAAAGGUUCCCAGACGGACAGGAGGACCCGACAGAGGCUUCAGCAGAUUCCACAGUGCCCCACUUGCGGACGACUUCACCGCGGAGAGUGUCAUAUGGGCCAGGAUAUUU